AUGGAGAUCCCAAUCAACACCGAGUCCCUUGCCGACAAACUCACCGAGCAAGCACGCGACCACCUCCCCAAUCUCUCCGCCCACUCGACCGCAGACAUAAGCGUCACGCCCAUACCCAGUCCACUCAUCGACACCACCUUCUCCUCCGCCACGUCCCUCUCGACCUCCGUUCUCAACGCCUCUAUCCAUUCUUUCUCCGACCAAUGGUUCGCCGAAGCGUCGAACCUCCUCAACCCAGCGAAACCGAUAUGGAAGGAAGGCUACUACGUGCACGCGGGAAAGUGGUAUGAUGGGUGGGAGACGAGACGGCAUAAUACUGCAGAGUAUGACUGGGUGGUGAUCAAGUUGGGCGUCGUGUGCGUGAUUGAGGGCGUGGAGGUUGAUACGGCGUUCUUUAAGGGUAAUGAGGCACCGGAGGCUGGGCUGGAUGCUGCGUUCGUGGAAGAGGGAAAAGAGGGAGAGGUCAAGGGUGGUCAAGGGGAGUGGAUUGGUUGGGAGGAGGUACUGCCGAAGCAGACGUGUGGGCCGAGUCAGCGGCAGGCGUGGAGGGUCAAGGGGAAGGGUGUCGAGGAGAAGGAAGUUAACUUCUUGAAGCUGAAGAUGUAUCCUGAUGGUGGGAUUGCUAGGUUGCGGGUGUAUGGUAGGGUGGUGAGUCCUCCGUUGCCGGUCAAGGUUAGGGAAGGUGGGGAGGAGAGGCCGCAGGAAGAUCUCGCGGCGGCGUUGAAUGGAGGUGUUGCUGUGGCGCGGAGUGAUGAGCAUUUUGGGACGAAGUCGAACUUGUUGCUGCCGGGCAGAGGGAAGGAUAUGGGAGAUGGGUGGGAGACCAGUCGGUCAAGGACGAAGGGCCACGUCGAUUGGGUCAUUGUUAAGCUGGGUUUGAAAGGACGAGUGAUCGAAAAGGUUGUCGUCGAUACGAAGGACUUCCGAGGGAACUUCCCACGAGCAGUGAAGGUCGAAGGAUGGUCAGAGUCGGCAGCGAAGGCUGCGUUGGGCACAGAGGAAGAGCCCAAGCAUGAUGGUCCUGGUUGGCGAGAAUUGGUCAAAGGUGAGCAGAAAUGCCAGUCGGACCAUGAGCAUGUAUUUGAAGGAGAUGCGUUGGCAGUGCAGCAGCCGCCGGAAGGAGAGGUGUGGACGCACGUCAAGAUGACCAUCAUCCCAGAUGGCGGUGUCAAGCGGCUGAGGAUUUUUGGACGGAGGGCAUAA